GGUGGACGUUGGAGCAAGGCCCUGUUUGCCACAUCAGAGAUUCCUUGUGCGUCUCAGUGAAGACUGAAGAGAUCACGCAGAUCGAAUAGUGUGGAUUUUGAAUCUUGAUUUUUGUUGUUGGGGGUGAGGCGGUGGUGAUUCUCUCCUGGUUCCUCAUGGCCACCAAGCCUGCUUCUGCUACUCUCCCUAAGUCUGCUGCAAUUUCCAAAGGCUACAAUUUCGCUUCUACUUGGGAACAGAAUGCUCCAUUGACUGAGCAGCAACAAGCAGCUAUAGCAACAUUAUCUCAUGCGGUUGCUGAGCGACCUUUUCCAGCCAAUUUGUCCCAUGAGCAUAUCUCAGGGCGGGAGAAUGGUUUGUCCGUUAACACUAAGGAUAACACUUGGGAAGAUUCUGGAGCUAUAGGGACAGUUUUAGUCAACACAAAUCAGUUCUAUAAGUGGUUUACUGAUCUUGAAUCAGCCAUGAAGUCAGAGACAGAGGAGAAGUACCGCCACUACGUAAACACGUUAACAGAGCGCAUACAAACAUGUGAUGAUAUACUUCAUCAGGUGGAUGCUACCCUUGACUUAUUUAAUGAACUACAACUGCAGCACCAAGCAGUAGCAACAAAGACUAAAACUCUUCAUGAUGCUUGUGACCGAUUGCUAGUAGAGAAACAAAGACUGAUUGAGUUUGCAGAAGCACUUCGCAGCAAACUCAACUACUUUGACGAGUUGGAGAAUGUUGCUACCAGUUUUUAUUCUCCAAACAUGAAUGUUGGCAAUGAGAACUUUCUACCUCUGCUUAAACGGCUUGAUGAGUGCAUAUCGUAUGUUGAGAGCAAUCCACAGUAUGCAGAAUCAAGUGUUUACUUGGUCAAGUUCAGACAACUCCAGUCUCGAGCUUUGGGUAUGAUUCGCUCUCAUGUAGUUUCUGUUCUCAAAAGUGCUUCUUCUCAGGUACAGGCAGCAAUUCGGAGCAGUGGAGGCAGUAAAGCAGCUGUUUCCGAGAGUGUAGAGGCAUCUGUCAUUUAUGUCCGCUUUAAGGCAGCAGCAAGUGAGCUAAAGCCGUUGUUGGAAGACAUCGAAAGCAGAUCAUCAAGGAAAGAAUAUGUUCAGAUUCUUUCAGAAUGCCACAGACUGUACUGUGAACAGCGGUUUUCCUUGAUAAGAGGCAUUGUGCAUCAACGGAUCUCUGAGUUUGCCAAGAAAGAGGCCUUGCCAUCAUUGACUAGAUCUGGAUGUGCAUACCUAAUGCAGGUCUGUCAACUUGAGCACCAGCUCUUUGAUCAUUUUUUCCCUUCUUCUUCCGAGGAUAUUUCAAAUUUAGCUCCAUUGAUAGAUCCUCUGUGUACUUAUUUGUAUGAUACACUUCGCCCAAAACUUAUUCAUGAAACAAAUCUUGAUUUUCUUUGCGAACUCAUAGAUAUCCUUAAAGUUGAAGUUUUAGGAGAACAGAUCAGUAGACGGGGUGAAUCAUUAGCUGGAUUACGCCCCACAUUGCAUAGAAUUCUAGCCGAUGUUCAUGAGCGAUUGACUUUUCGUGCUCGAACACAUAUUCGUGAUGAGAUUGCAAAUUAUCUUCCUUCUGAAGACGACUUGGAUUACCCUGCAAAGCUGGAGCAAUCUGCUGAGUCAAAAUCAGGAACUACUUCUGCUGAUGAAAACCCAGAUGUAUUUAAAACUUGGUACCCCCCACUGGAGAAAACCUUGUCUUGCCUGUCGAAGUUGUAUCGUUGUCUGGAACCAGCAGUUUUCACUGGUUUAGCCCAGGAGGCAGUGGAAGUUUGCUCGCUAUCUAUCCAAAAAGCAAGCAAACUCGUUGUAAAGAGAUCAUCACCAAUGGAUGGACAGCUUUUCCUUAUAAAGCAUCUUCUUAUUUUAAGGGAGCAGAUUGCUCCAUUUGAUAUAGAAUUUUCAGUCACACACAAAGAACUUGAUUUCUCUCAUUUACUGGAGCAUCUAAGACGCAUACUUAGGGGUCAAGCCUCACUAUUCGACUGGUCAAGAUCAACCUCAUUGGCAAGGACCUUAUCACCUCGAGUUUUGGAAAGUCAAAUAGAUGCCAAGAAGGAACUGGAGAAAAGCCUCAAAGCCACUUGUGAGGAGUUUAUUAUGUCGGUCACUAAGCUAGUUGUGGAUCCCAUGCUUUCAUUUGUUACUAAGGUAACAGCUGUCAAAGUUGCAUUAUCAUCGGGCAGUCAGAAUCAAAAGCUAGACUCAGUUAUGGCAAAACCACUCAAGGAUCAAGCUUUUGCUACUCCUGAUAAGGUGGCCGAACUUGUUCAGAAGGUAAGUGCUUCCUUACAGCAAGAGUUGCCGAAGGUGAUGGAAAAAAUGAAGCUUUAUCUGCAGAACCCAUCAACAAGAACAAUUCUUUUCAAGCCAAUAAAGACAAAUAUUGUGGAAGCCCAUAUUCAAGUACAAUCCCUGCUGAAAUCAGAAUAUACCCUUGAAGAGGUACAGAGCACCAUCAAUAUGGUGUCAAUCCAAGAUCUGCAAGCACAACUCGACCACCUCCUGUAGGGUUCUUGUGAAGCCUUUAAUCUCCAAAAAUUUUCCUCCUUGCCAAUCACCUUGGCCAUGCCGAACGGGUGGAUUAAGUUUCUUCACCAGAAUUGAAAAUCCUUGGGCUUUGCAAAGUGGAUACUGAAAAAACAGUAAUUUGAAUCUAUAGUUUGGCUUGUUAUUAUGUUGUUGAUCAUACUAGUAACUCACAAAGGCCAGAAGUGGUGGAAUGAAAAUGGAACAGAGAAUCCACCAAAUUUUGAUGAUUUAAGGAGAAAAUUUAUCUGAAUAA